CCAGCUAACUUUUCAUUGCGUCAAAGAGAAACACACGCCGUCCGUAGAGCAGAGAUGUCGUUUUGUAGUUUUCUCGGUGGAGAGGCCUUUAAAGACAAUUUUAUACCAGGGAUUUACAUCUGCUCCAAGUGUGAUCACCAGCUUUUUACCAGCCGCUCCAAAUUCGAGCACUCGUCUCCCUGGCCAGCCUUCACAGAGACCAUCCGUAAAGACAGUGUGUCGAAACAUGAGGAGAGGCCUGGGGCAUAUAAGGUGCAAUGUGGGAAGUGUGGAAAUGGACUUGGCCACGAGUUUGUGAAUGACGGGCCAACCAGAGGCGUGUCUCGCUUCUGAAUAUUCAGCAGCUCACUGAAGUUCAUCCCUAAAGAUAAGGUAGAUGGACAGUAAGUGAGCUGUUGGAGGGAAGUGUCUCUGUGCUGCUGGAGGUGUGGACAGCGUAUGAAGGGUUCUGGGAUAAAGCCCAUCUGGGAGCUCCAGGGCUCUGAUCAAUGAUGGCCACACUCGACAGCAAGAACAGAAGACUGGUCUCAAUGAUUUUUUCUAUUGAGCACUCAUCACCGUCUCAGGAAAGCCUCACUGAUUACACAAUCACCAGUUUUGGAUUUAUUUCUAAUAACUGAGAAUAGCUUUCUUAGGAUUCUUUAAGCUAUUUAUUACUAAGAGAUGAAACAUGUCUGUUACUUACCUUCAAUGAUUGAUAUGCAAACUAAAAUAAAUAUAUUUUAAA